AUGCUUGACCGGGCACACCUCGCGGUGCUGCCGCUGCGAUUCAAAAAGGCCGCGGAUAUGUUGACAGAUUUGACGAGUUUCCAUCGGCCCGGAUCUACAGGCGAAUGCAUCUGCAGCGGGUUCGCGAUCCUCCCCAGUCAUGCCCGCGGUCCCUGUGUCCGUUCCCCAUGUUGUAGCUCAGGUCCCCUGACCGUUCAUUCCGGACGGUCUUUUUCGAGCUGCCCAUCUCUCGGUCAAGCGGCGUCGAAAGAUGCCGACGAAUUUGACGACUCUGAAUUGCUUGACGAACUUGCCGAUUCUAGUGGUGAUACUUUUAGCGAUCUUGGAAGCAUGAUUCGGAAGAGGGGAACUGGUGAAGCCCACAGAAGACCUGUUGCGCUAAGGCCGGUUUCAGCUGAGGAAGCAUCGCGCAUUCGACAGCGAGAGGAGGCUGCUAAACUUUAUGCGCAGCUACAAGCCGUUAAUAAAUUUCGCGAGAAAGUUCGCAACGUUGAGUCUGAAGUGGCUUCACUUACACCUUUCAGCCAUCUUGUUUCUGAGUUUUUCGAUGCCAAAUAUUUCGCGCUCGACUACGAGCUCUCUCGUUGCGCGCGGUUCAGCGGAGAUCUGGGACGCGAAUUCCGUCUAUUGAAAUUCUCCAGAGAGGUCGCCAACAUUGGAUUGAGAGUGUCGGCUUUUUCCGAUGCCUUUAGGGAACUAGUACAUGAACUCAACGAAGAGUUUAUAAGACCUCGUGUUUCGGCAAGGAAGAAAGUUGACAGACUUUUGAACUCGGCCCAUUUAGCUGAGAAAAAGUACAGGAACUUACAAGACUUAUUUCUUACAAUUCACACGCGAGGUCGUCUGAUGUCCCAAAUCCUAGAGUCCCUCGCCAACGAUCGGGGCGUCCCUUCAGAACGCCGCGAAACUUAUCGUGCACUCAGGGUUAAGCAAAUAGACGUCGAUCGUACGCUUGUCAAAGCAGGCCACUAUUUCCGCACAUUCUACCUGAUUCGAAAGGAAUUGGAAGGUCCCUUUGGUGCUUCGUCUUUAACACGUCUCCUCAGUCAGUAUGCACACGUGCCGCCUGACAUGCGAGCCAGGUCUAAGACAUGGGCACCCUCGAUAAAAGCCUUGAUUGGGCCUAAUAUCAAUCAACGGAACUUUGAUUACACCCGCGGCGAUAUCGCGGCGGAAUUACAUUGGUUGAGAAGGCUCAACUGGUUGCGAUUGAAGUCCGAAACUAAAAUCCAUAAUUUAGGCGGAACCGCAUUCACUGUUCGAAGAGGGCUGUUCACUCCAGUCGCGCCUCUAAGUCAGGAUCUUUCUCGCUUCGAUGAUUAUAUCUUCAAGACCAGUGAGUAUAUAACGCAGACAAUGGUCUUGCAGGUAAUAACCGAAAAUCACAUGAAGAAGUGGUGGACUCCCAUGAAAGUAGCGUCUGACAGGGCGGAACUUCAUGAAGAAGAGGAACUCGACGAUGAUGGAAAAGAGGACGAUGUUGAGCGGCAAACUCAAAGUGAACUCCUCCCUCUGGGUGCGGAAUCCGAACCACAAAACAAUGAUACAUCUAGCAUGAAAGCGCGCACACGAUUCUCCGUGCGCAGAGCAAUGAGCUCCACCUCAUCUUCACCUUUGACACUGCGAGUGAGGGAUCGGAUGAAGCCGCUUUUCGCCUUCAAGAAAUCGUCUACACUAUCAGCAAGGGCACGAGGUUCGAAGACUCUCAAUGAUGAGGUUAUUACGAUGCAGGCGAAAUUGAAUAGAGGUACCCCAGGCAAUCGUAGUAAGAGAAGCGCAAAGAAGUGGAAAUCUGCACCAGUGUCUGCCACGUCCGAACUCGAUCUCAGAGGGCUUGAGGAACUUGCAGAGAAGGCCAGCCGAUCACAAGGCCAGCCACUUCGCAAACCCAAAUCCCCAAAGCGAAAACCAUAUAAGGUACAAAGUAACCCGUGGAAAUCAGCCGGGGCUGGCAACCGAAGACGGUUGCAAAGCGAGGGAUCCUUGAAGGACUCUCCCAGCGGUGCGCAACCAGUACCACAGCCAAAUGACACUGCCAUAACAAUAGGCCAUUCACGGCCGAAACGAAAGCGGUUCUACGGGCCUUCUAGUUCUGCAUUUCCACGACGAUGUAGCACCGUACCUGGAAUUCGUGGAGGCAGCUCGGCCGAUGGCCAUUCUGAGAACGAUUUCAGCUUCGUGGCAGACUUCUCAGCAGCUCGAACCGACCACAACGCGUUGAAUUCAGAGAAUUUGGAGUCGACAGGCUCGAGCCCCGACACGGAAACAGCCAUCAAUGGUUUUACGGCCCAGGUCACUGGCUCUGACGAUGAGAAGACUUCGACGCCUCAAUUCUGGAGCCAUAAUCUGCACAAGGGACCUGGGGGUAAGGGCAUCCUCGUCCAUUAUUGCAAAACCCUUGAAAAUACGGAACGGAUUGCGAGUCAUUUCCUCCAGAGUGAUGUAGUGGGCUUCGACAUCGAGUGGAAGCCCCAGACCUCCUCCUCCACAGCCAGCAUCAAGGACAAUAUAUCUCUGAUCCAGCUAGCGAAUGAGGAGCGAAUAGCCCUCUUUCACAUCGCGCUUUUCCGACCUGGUGAAACGCUUGACGAGCUUGUUGCCCCGUCGCUUAAGGCUGUGCUUGAAUCUUCUAAUAUAACCAAGGUGGGCGUAUCCAUCAAAGCGGAUUGUACACGCGUCCGCCGAUAUCUGGGAAUCAACGUGCAGGGCCAGCUGGAGCUCAGCCAUCUGUACAAACUGGUGAAAUACUCGCAGUCCAAUCCGAAGCUGAUCAACAAACGUGCGGUGAAUCUGAGCCUGCAAGUCGAGGAGCAUCUGGGUCUACCACUGUACAAGGAGGAUGAGGUCAGGCGCAGUGACUGGUCACGGCCCCUGGACUACCGUCAAGUUCAAUACGCCGCCGCCGAUCCAUACGCCUGCCUGUGUCUGUACCACGUCCUGGAGGCCAAGAGAAAAGCGCUCAACCCGGUCCCCCCGCGACCGGCCCAUGCGGAACUCAACCUUCCAAUCCUUCUGGCAAAUGGAAAACCCGUUCCUACAAGGGACGAUUCCCAAGAACCAGAAGAGAACGAGACGCCGGUCGAGGAAUCCGCCCAGGAGGUGGAGGAGGAGCUACACGCCGCCAAGUCUCCGUGA